AUGUUCGGCAAACUCAACCUAUUCGUCCUGGGCAGCCUCCUCGCCCCCGUUUUCGCCGCUAGAAUCAGCGGCACUGGCGCAGCAAUUGAGAUCUCAGACAGACGCAUCACAGGAACGGGUGGCAUCUUCAGAGACGGCGAAGUAGUCACCGGAAACGACAUUGGCCAAGGUGGUCUUAUUGUUGCUGAUCCCGACAAUGCCUUUAUCAACGAGAUCCGAGAGGCCUGGCAGACGGCUCAGGGGAGCUCGAGUGGUAUCUACCAGGAGCUUCAGCAGGUUGAGUUUAUUCUGUACCCGGGACAGAGCAAGCCUUGGCCAGACUCUGCGAAGUUUGCUAUCUACUUGGCUCCCUUGAACAUCUCCUAG